UUUUUCUUCUUGAUGUACACAACGAAGCUUCUCAGCCAACCCUCAAACCCGUAGCCAUGAACACCCUUCAACCAACCCUCAAACCCUUCCAAUGGAACCCUCACCCUAACCCCAAAUCAAAACCCACAAGCACCAUCAAAAACCAAAUCGACCCACCAAAACCCCAAUCAUCGGCCGGCAAAAUCAAGCGUCUGGUUCUCACCAAAGAAGGCCGAACCAAAUUCAACAUUUCUCCCGAUAAAGACUUCUAUGCCUACCCACGAUUCGUAACCCACGUCGAUGAUAACUUCAUCGCGACAUUAACCGAUGUUUACAGGAAGAAAUUGAGCCCAGAGUUCGAAAUUCUUGACCUCAUGAGCUCAUGGGUUAGCCAUUUGCCAGAAGAGGUCAAGUUCAAGAAGGUGGUUGGCCAUGGGCUCAACCCACAGGAGCUAGCCAAGAACCCUAGACUCGAUUAUUUUGUCGUCAAAGAUUUGAACCAAGAUCAGAAAUUUGAGUUUCAGAAUGCUAGUUUUGAUGCUGUUUUAUGUACAGUUAGUGUUCAAUAUCUUCAGCAGCCCGAAAAGGUUUUCAGCGAGGUGUUUCGGGUGUUGAGACCAGGUGGGGUGUUUAUUGUGAGCUUUAGUAACCGGUUGUUCUACGAAAAGGCGAUUGGUGCAUGGAGAGAAGGGACCGGGUUCGGUAGGGUGCAGUUAGUGGUUCAGUAUUUUCAAUGUGUAGAAGGGUUCACCGAGCCAGAAGUGGUUAGAAAGCUAGCCGAUGGUGCAAAACCGGAUGGUUCGGCUUUCGGUUGGAUCAAAGGGUUGUUGGGGUUGGUUUCUGGAUCAGACCCUUUUUAUGCUGUAAUUGCUUACAAGAAUUUUAAACCGAUCUAUGAAUGACCAAAGACCAAAUGUUAGAUAUGGAAGAGGACCGCUAUUAUAAUGUUGUAGGCUUGUACUCUUUUCAGUCGAUUUGACGAUUUCCGAUUGCAGCUAUAGUCUACUCUGGCAUUAGUAUUGGUACAGGUGUAACAAGGUCUCAAAAAAGAUUAGAAAACAACCUUGGUGAAUUCUUUAUUACGAUGGGUCAUGUAAAUACACCAAAAAGAUUAAUUUUCUUGAGGUAA